UCGCUCAUCGUAACCCUAGACACGAUGAAGAGCAGCGUCCUUGGAGUGCUAGCGAUCCUGUGGGUGUGCGCGUUAGCCAGCCCGGCGGACCCGAAGGUGGCGAAGCUGGUCGCCGCGAACGAAGAGGAGGCGGCUGCUGCCCUGGUGGAGGAGCCGCGGGACAAGAGGAACUGGGUCCACUACAACAAGGCCGGCUUCAUCGACGCCGUGGUCGAGAGCGACGUCGACCCAGCCGUGGCAUCUACCUGAUGUCUAUUCAAACCUUUAAUUCGAGACUGAUUCUAAUUUUACCUAAUGUCUACCUAAGCCUAUUCUUUUUGACUGGCACCUACCUGACGUCUACCUAAACUUCUUAUUCUUGAUUGGCGCUUACCCAAUGUCUACCUAAAUACCUAAAUAAAGCGCACGAACCCUUGAGCGCUCUGCUGUGCCGAAGGAGGUACUCAAAGCAAGUGCAUUUUUGAGUCUGGCUCUGUGCUAGAUUAGCCUUAGGGCUACAAGCAUCACCAGCUCCUCUGCCGUAUCAAUAGGUUCAUAGUUGCCUCAGUCCCGUAGUUUCUAUUUUUUGCUUGUAAAUAAAGACUUUUUGUCGGA